CGGGGUCCUCCAAGAUGGCGGCGCAGAGGAGGAGCCUGCUCCAGAGUGAGCAGCAGCCAAGCUGGACAGAUGACCUGCCACUCUGUCACCUCUCCGGAGUUGGUUCAGCUUCCAACCGUAGCUACUCUGCUGAUGGCAAAGGCACUGAGAGCCACCCUCCAGAGGACAACUGGCUCAAGUUCAGAAGUGAAAACAACUGCUUCCUGUAUGGGGUCUUCAAUGGCUAUGAUGGCAACCGCGUGACCAACUUUGUGGCACAGAGGCUCUCUGCAGAGCUCCUGCUGGGCCAGCUCAACACUGAACACACUGAGGCUGAUGUGCGACGGGUCCUGCUGCAGGCCUUCGAUGUGGUGGAGAGGAGCUUCCUGGAGUCCAUUGAUGAUGCCUUGGCAGAGAAAGCAAGCCUCCAGUCCCAGCUGCCGGAGGGUGUACCCCAACACCAGUUGCCACCUCAGUAUCAGAAGAUCCUUGAGAGACUCAAGGCCCUGGAGAGGGAGAUUUCAGGAGGGGCCAUGGCCGUUGUGGCGGUCCUUCUCAACAGCAAGCUCUACGUUGCCAACGUUGGUACGAACAGGGCCCUUCUGUGCAAAUCUACAGUGGAUGGGUUACAGGUCACCCAGCUGAACAUGGACCACACCACCGAGAAUGAGGACGAGCUCUUCCGUCUGUCACAGCUGGGUUUAGACACAGGAAAGAUCAAGCAGGUGGGUGUCAUCUGUGGACAGGAGAGCACCAGGAGAAUUGGGGAUUACAAGGUUAAAUAUGGCUACACUGACGUUGACCUGCUCAGCGCUGCCAAAUCCAAACCCAUCAUCGCAGAACCUGAAAUCCAUGGUGCACAGCCUCUGGAUGGCGUGACAGGCUUCCUGGUGCUGAUGUCAGAGGGCCUGUAUAAAGCCCUGGAGGCAGCCCAUGGGCCUGGGCAGGCCAACCAGGAGAUUGCUGCAAUGAUUGACACCGAGUUUGCCAAGCAGACCUCCCUGGAUGCGGUUGCCCAGGCUGUGGUAGACCGCGUAAAGCGUAUUCACAGUGACACCUUUGCCAGUGGUGGGGAGCGUGCCAAGUUCUGCCCACGGCAUGAAGACAUGACCCUGCUGGUGAGGAACUUUGGCUAUCCAUUGGGUGAAAUGAGCCAGCCUACACCAACCCCAGCUCCAGGGGGCCGUGUGUACCCUGUUUCUGUGCCCUACUCAAGUGCCCAGAGCACCAGCAAGACCAGUGUGACUCUGUCCCUCGUCAUGCCUUCUCAGGGCCAGAUGGUCAACGGCUCUCACAGUGCCUCCACCCUGGAUGAAGCCACUCCCACCCUCACUAACCAGAGCCCCACUCUGACCCUGCAGUCCACCAACACACACACCCAGAGCAGCAGCUCCAGUUCUGAUGGGGGCCUCUUCCGCUCCAGACCAGCUCACUCACUUCCACCUGGAGAGGAUGGCCGUGUUGAGCCCUAUGUGGACUUUGCUGAGUUUUACCGACUCUGGAGCGUGGACCACGGCGAGCAGAAUGUGAUGACGGCACCUUAGUCUGGCCUCAGAGUGCAGCCUUGGCACAACUUUGUGUAGACACAGAGGGCUAGUGCCAAAGCAAGACGAGCUUCUUGACCUUUGCAGGUGCCAUGGAACCCGUGGGCAGUGACUCACUGAUGUGCUGCAGGUUCAACCCCCAGCCCUUGGCUGUAGCCUGAGUACAGACUGGAUUGCUGGUCCACACAGGAAGCUGGAGUCCAGACCACAGGCAUCCUUAGAUGGGGCCAAAUGAGAAAGCUGCAGGUGGCUUACAAACCAGCAAGAGUGACUCGUGACAUGUUCAAAAGAAUAGCAAGAAGCCGUCCUGUGGACGGCUACCCCAACUACCACAGGCUAGAUAGACACUGCUCCCUCGAGACUGCUCUACCUGCCUUAACUUCCCCUGGAAUAGCUGUGGCCUCUUCUAGUGCCCUUUACCUCUGGGUGGUCAUCCCCUUCCCAUCUUUCAGCCCAAACUCCUAGAUCCAGAGCCGAGAGUAAUGGGAGUGAUAGGGGUUGGGGAUUUAGCUCAGAAGGCCCUGGGUUCGGUCCUCAGCUCUUGGGGGUGGGGGAAGAUAAUAGUGGGAGUGGCUGCCUGUCACUGGAUGUCACUGGAAAAGUCCAGAGAAGCAGAGGGGCCUGUAGUAGCCACGGGGGAGCAGGACAAGGAAGGACCAGAGAGAGCUGGCCAAGGAAUGUUAGUCCUGGGCUGCAAGUCAGCCAGCUGGCAGCUGAGGUAACUCAGAGAGCUGGCUUCCCAAUGGGCUGCAAAUGGUAGGCCAGGCCCACCAAGUAGCCGCAAUUCUGCUUCUAGACCCUGCCCUGGGUUGGGGCAGGCCAAAUCUGAAGCCAGUGCCUUCCUCCCAGCUGGUACUGGGAAGGCAGUGAUAGGGAGUGCUGAGCCAACAGCCUUCACUCUGAUGAGGAAGCUGCUUGGCUCUGGGCUCUCCUGAGGGAGGAGUGGGAGAUGGCUGUGAGAGGGAGGAGGUUGAGUCUUGCCCACCCAGAAGACCAAGGGCAUCAGGUGUGAUGAUGCGGACAUACAGGGGAAAGAUUGUACUGGUCAGGCCCGGACUGGGACCUGUUCACACAUGUUUUCUACCUUCAGACAGGAGGGUUACCACGGCUACCUGCAGUGUGCCCACCCCUGUGCCCAGAGGAGGAAGCAGGCCGGGUGCUCCAUGUACCUGAGCCCUUCCAUCAGGAUUGGAGUCCAAGCUCAAAUCUGUAGCCUUGUACCUGGUGUUCUGCAACCCUUUCCCCACUGUAUGCAGCUGCUGGGCAGGGUGCCCAGGGUGUCCUGUUGGCAAAGGCCAGCUCAGAGCACUUCUCAGAUCCAUUUCCCUAAAGUGAGGCUGUUUGCUCAGUGCUGGGGUGGUGGGGAGAAGUCACCUCUGCCCUGCAGGUGAGCAGCUGUCAGCUGAUGCACAAAGACUUGGGGCAAAAGAGGUCCUCCCCCCAGGAAUGUGGUGCUGUUUGGUCUCUAGAAAUAGAACCAUGUUCUUAAUGCAGUAAAGAUGUCAUGUGUCA